CUAAGUCAAUGAUUUUAUCAAAGGAUUUCGUGUUACAAAUAUAAUCAAUUUGUAAUUAAUUUAAUAUAAUAUAAUCGUUGAUCGUCGAUUCCCCGUCAUGUCUUCUGAUCGUCAACGGGAAGAUUCUGAAGAGAAAGAUCAAGGAUCGAAGAAUCCAAUGAUACGGCAUGAGAAAUAUAAAACCGGCAUCACGGAUGAUGAUAAAACGUUUGCUGGAUCAUUAUCACAAGAAUCAAUUGAGAAAUUUGUUAAAAUUGAUUCUAAUACUAGCUCCAAGGAUGAUUUUAAGAAAUCAUUUAAAAUGGACAUACCCAAGAAUAAUAAUCCAUCUGACAAUCCAAGAUAUUCUUCGGAGAAACCAAUCGUACUUAAUAAGUUGCCAAUCUUCGACGAGGACUCACGUUUUUCGUGA